AUGUAUUAUAAAAACUUUUUCAGUAUAGUAUGCUGCGUGCAAAUAAAUUAUAUAAAGGUUCCACCAGCUGUGAAAAACGACUCAAACAACCCAGUAAUUCUAGAUUGUAAUUAUUCAGUCCGACCCGACGAUACAGACUUGGUGGUCAAAUGGUACUUGAACGACGACGUGGUAUACCAAUGGAUACCACCUCAAAAACCACAAACGCUUGGUCCGUUAAAGGAUAGAGCAGAUCUCGAUUAUAGAGCCACCGACGAUCCAAAAAGUGUAUACAGGGCAAUUAAAAUCGAUAAUCCAACUAGCGAUAUUGCUGGGGAAUACAAAUGCUUCGUUUCAACGUUUACAGAUGAAGAUUUCAGCACCAAAAACAUGAUCGUAUUCGUGCCAGAACGGUCAUUAGAACUCGUUAGAAGUGGCUCUGAUGGAGACAUAGUAAAUUUUACAUGCUUAGCUUCAGAGGUGUAUCCAACUCCUAAACUUGUGAUGUAUAAAGAUAAAACUGAAGAAUUUAAUAGAUUGAGGUUAUCAAUUAUACAAUGGGACAUUAGUAAACAUUCGAAUGGAAGGAUUUCCAUGUUUGUAGUAACUUCUGUUUUGGCAGCAAAUUUAGAUCCUGGGAAUAUGAUACACUGUGAACUACGAAUUCCUGGUACAGGAUAUGUCAAAAUCAAGAGUUUGCUGUACUAUCCAGAAGUAACUGUGGAAAAUAGAGUCUUGUUAACAUCACAUUUUGGUAUCACCAUCAAAAUAAUUGGGAAAAGAAAUAUAUAUCAUAAAUGUGCCUAUAUACGAAUAAUAUUCAAU